UCUGAAGCUGAAGAUUUUAUCUUCCGCUGUUGCAAGGUACUCCUUCACCAAAUUUUCUUUCUUUUCUGCUUCGACUUUCCUUUUUUCUUUCCCUUCUUCCCUCAAUCUCGAAUGUUAUUUUCAUCACCAUUCCCCAAAUCCCAACAGCAUCGGCGACGCUAUUGCUUCAGUCAAUCGCAUGCUAAACAUGCGUCCUCCACCAUCUAGGCGCCAUAUUAAUAGGAUUUUAGGGUCUACAGUGAAGAUGAAACAUUAUCUCCAUGUCAUCUUACUUCUUGCACAAGCCGAGUUUAAAGGCUUCACGCCAGAUUUAUGUAACCUGAGCAUCUUGACCAAUUGUUACUGCCAGCUGGGUCUGAUGGAUUUUGCUUUCUCUAUAUUGGGAAAAAUUUUCAAGAUGGGUUAUCACCCAGAUGCUAUAAUUUUGACUACACUAGUAAAGGGACUGUGUUUUAAUCAUAAUGUUGGCGAAGCUCUUGAUUUCUAUGAUGACAUAAUGGCCAAAGGAUUUAAGUUAGAUGAAGUCACCUAUGGAACAUUAACAUAUGGGCUAUGUAAAAUGGGAAAAACAAGAUCCGCCAUUAAAUUGCUUAAAUUAAUGGAGCGGCACAUUGUUAAGCCCAAUGUAGUUAUUUACAGCACAAUCAUUGAUACGCUUUGCAAAGAAGGGCUUGUCAAUGAUGCACGCAAUUUGUAUUUUGAAAUGAUUGAUCGUGGGGUAUCUCCAAAUGUUUAUACUUACAGCAGUCUUAUCCAUGGCUUCUGUAGGAUGGAUCAAUGGCAACAAGCAAAUCAAAUACUUAGUGAGAUGAUAUCUAAAGACAUCCACCCAGAUAAUUAUACGUUCAACAUUCUAGUUGAUGCAUUAUGUAAAGAUGGAAGGAUUAUUGAAGCUCAAGCUGUAUUUGCUAUGAUGGUGAAGAGUGAUCAAAGACAUGAUCUUGUUACCUACACUUCUUUAAUGCAUGGACAUUGUUUGACUAAUAAUAUCAUUGAGGCUAAGGAAGUUCUGAAUAAGAUGAUUAAAAAUGGGCCUUGCUUGAUAGAAUGGAAGAGAAGAAUUGCCUCCCUGAUUUCGUUCCUCUCAAAAUUAUUAUUCGAUAUCUUCUUGAAAAUAAUGAGAAUGACAAGGCAGUGAAACUUCUACACAGAAUGAUUGAUAGAGGCGUGCUGAAGAAAUAAAACAAAGUGAGAUACACUGGCUCUUGUUCCACAAAUAUUUAUGUUUAGCCAGCAUGAGUGGUUAGCAAAAGCUUGUAUUGUGAAUUUACACAGUUAAUUAACUGGUUUGGGGAGAAUAUAGUUUGAUGUCAUUGUCAUUGUAGUGGAUAGUUUUUACAAGCAUGUUUCAGUAUGAAAGUUACAUAAGCCAAAAUUGAAAUUAUUCUCUAAUGCUUGCUUUAUGAUCUUUAAAAAGCUUGUUUCGUGAUUGAAGGUCAA